CUUGAAGUUGGAAUGUGACAAACUAGCCAGUGAGAAAUCGGAGAUGCAGCGUCACUACGUCAUGUACUAUGAGAUGUCCUACGGGCUGAAUAUUGAAAUGCACAAACAGGCCGAAAUCGUCAAGAGGCUAAAUGGGAUUUGUGCACAGGUUCUGCCCUACCUUUCUCAAGAGCAUCAGCAGCAAGUCCUGGGAGCCAUUGAACGAGCUAAGCAGGUUACAGCACCAGAACUGAACUCCAUCAUCCGUCAGCAGCUUCAAGCUCACCAGCUGUCGCAGCUCCAGGCGCUCGCGCUGCCCCUGACUCCGCUGCCCGUGGGGCUGCAGCCCCCAUCCCUCCCUGCAGUCAGUGCUGGCUCCGGGCUCCUCUCCCUCUCAGCCCUGGGCUCUCAGGCUCACCUCUCCAAGGAGGACAAGAACGGCCACGACGGGGAUGCCCACCAAGACGAUGACGGGGAGAAGUCGGAUUAG